AUAAGGAUAUAUCAUUAGCCACAUAAUACCAACGGGUAGUAUCCGAAUGCUUGUUGUCCCAGUCGAAUUCCAACUACUUUUUCCCCCCCAAGUGCUCGAAAACACAACAGUCGGUUAUACGUUACCAGAUUUUAUCCAUGUGCUGCAAUUUAAACCUACAGUAGAACUCCAAUUAUCCGAACUCCGACUAUCCGAAUCGCCGAUUAUGCGCUAUUAUUCUUCCCCCCGCGAAGCCAGUGAGAAACAAGAAUAUGGAGAGGAUGAUGAUGAUGAAGAUGCGUUGUCACUAGAGGAAAUAAGAAAAAUUAUUGUAAAAAUUCCUGGUUGUUCAGAAGUAAGUGCUGAAGAUGUAGGAGAGUGGAUGGCUUGUGACACGUCUGACCCUGGUUUUCAAAUUCUCAAUGACGAUGAAAUUGUUGUAAGUGUGAGAGAAGAUGUUGAAGUGGAAGAAGAACUUUCUGCUGAUGUUGAAGUAGACGCUGGACCAUCAGCUAGUGAAGCAUUUGCCGGCCUCGAGACUGCUUUGAAGUGGAUGGAGCGUCAGCCCGAGUGUGACCACUUGCAACUGCUCACCGUCAAGCGAAUGCGUGACCUGGCUGUCCGAAAACGGUGAAGACCGCAAAACAGCUUACAUUGACGGAGAUGUUUAAAAAACAAUGAUUUUUAUUUCUAAACUUGUACUUAAGUACAUUUUAUUUAUAUUUAAAACAUGUGAAAAUUUCAUGUUUCUUUCAUUUAAUUCAAUAAAAAAAUAGUGCAAUAUCAAAACGUAGAUUUUAUUCUCUCCAAUGGCAAUUUUUUUUUUUAAAUCCGAUUAUCCGAAUGGGUCCCGGUCCCCAUUAAUUCGGAUAAUUGGAGUUCUACUGUAUUUAGAAGUAUUAAGUAGUCACUUGGAAUUACUUUCUGCGACCAUCUUAAACAUGGUAAAAAAGAAUUAUUGGACAGCUAAUUCACAAUUGAAAACUCUGAGAUAUUAGUAAUGUGCUAUCAAAUCACCUUCAGAAACUAGUAUUGUCUUCAUAUCU